AUGCACGUACAAUCACUCCUGCUGGCUUCUGGCCUCGUGCCUCUGGCCGCUAGCCAGGGCUGCCCUUUUGCCAAGCGCGCCACGGACACUAACCUCGUCCCGCCGCGAGAAAUCCCCGAGGACUUUGGCAUCUGCCGCGUCGCUAGCAAUCAGGCUGGUGGCGGUACUCGAUCCAGGGACUUUUGGCCUUGUGCUCUGCGAUUGGAUGUCUUGAGGCAGUUUUCACCCCAGUAUAACCCAUUGGGUGCUGAUUUCGACUACACCGAGGCUUUCAAGUCUCUGGACUUUGCUGCUCUGAAGAAGGACCUCAACGCGCUUCUCACGGAUUCUCAAGAUUGGUGGCCUGCUGACCAUGGAAACUAUGGUGGUCUCUUCAUUCGUAUGUCAUGGCACAGCGCUGGUACAUACCGCGCAAUGGACGGCCGAGGUGGCGCCGGAAUGGGUCAACAAAGAUUCGCACCUCUCGACAGCUGGCCCGACAACCAGAACUUGGACAAAGCCCGUCGUCUGCUCUGGCCCAUCAAGCAAAAGUAUGGCAGCAAGAUCUCAUGGGCUGACUUGAUCGUUCUCGCCGGCAACGUCGCCCUCGAGCACAGCGGCUUCGAGACCCUCGGUUUCGCCGGUGGUCGCGCUGACACCUGGGAGGCCGAUGAGUCCAUCUACUGGGGUGCCGAGUCCACCUUUGUCCCCAAGGGUAACGACGUUCGCUACAACGGUAGCACAGACAUUUACGAGCGUGCCGACAAGCUCGAGAAGCCCCUUGGUGCAACGCACUUUGGUCUCAUCUACGUCAACCCUGAGGGUCCUGAUGGAAGCUCUGACCCCAAGGCUUCUGCUCUUGAUAUCCGUACUGCUUUCGGUCGUAUGGGUAUGGACGAUGAGGAGACUGCUGCUCUCAUUAUUGGUGGUCACACCCUGGGCAAGACUCACGGUGCUGUUCCUGCUAAGAACAUUGGCCCUGAGCCCAUGGCUGCUGACCUUGGAGAGAUGGGUCUUGGAUGGCACAACAGCGUCAACGAGGGUAACGGUCCUGACCAGAUGACCAGCGGUCUCGAGGUUAUCUGGUCCACCACUCCCACCAAGUGGAGCAACCACUUCCUCAAGUCUCUUCUCGGCAACAACUGGACCCUCGUCGAGAGCCCCGCUGGCCACAAGCAAUGGGAGGCUCUCAACGGCAAGCUUGAGUACCCCGACCCCUUCGUCAAGGGCAAGUUCCGCCGCCCCACCAUGCUCACUAGCGAUCUCGCCCUCAUCAACGACCCCUCAUACCUCAAGAUCUGCAAGCGCUGGCACGACAACCCCAAGGAGCUGAACGCUGCUUUCGCUCGUGCAUGGUACAAGCUCCUCCACCGUGAUCUCGGCCCUGUUUCUCGCUACCUUGGUCCCGAGGUCGCUAAGGAGAAGUUCAUCUGGCAGGAUCCUCUCCCUGAGCGAAAGGGUGACAUCAUUGGCGAGGCUGAGAUCUCUAGCCUCAAGUCCACUAUCCUUUCUACUGAUGGUCUUGAUGUUUCUAAGCUUGUUUCUACUGCUUGGAACUCUGCUUCUACUUUCCGUGGAACUGACAAGCGUGGUGGUGCCAACGGUGCUCGUAUUGCUCUUGAGCCUCAGGUCAACUGGGCCAGCAACAACCCCAAGCAGCUCAAGCAGGUUCUCUCUGCACUGAAGAAGAUCCAGAAGGACUUUAACGCCAAAUCCGGCUCCAAGAAGGUCUCUCUCGCUGAUCUGAUUGUCCUCGGUGGUGUUGCUGCUAUCGAGAAGGCUGCCCAGGCUGCUGGCUUCAAGGACGUCGAGGUUCCUUUCACCCCUGGCCGUGUUGAUGCUACCCAGAACCAGACCGAUCUCGUUCAGUUCGGUUACCUUGAGCCCCUUGCUGAUGGUUUCCGUAACUAUGGACAUGGUACGGCCCGUGCUCGCACUGAGGAGAUCCUCGUUGACCGCGCUGCUCUUCUUACCCUUACUCCUCCCGAGAUGACCGUCCUCGUCGGUGGUCUCCGUGCCUUGAACGCCAACUACGACGGUUCUUCCAACGGUAUUCUCACUGAGAAGAAGGGCCAGCUGACCAACGACUUCUUCGUCAACCUUCUCUCUCCCGCCUACUCAUGGGCCAAGAAGGAUGACCGUGGUGAGCUCUGGACCGGCACUGACCGCUCCACCAAGUCCGUCAAGUGGACUGCUACCCGCGCUGAUCUUGUCUUCGGAUCUCACGCUGAGCUGCGUGCUAUUUCUGAGGUCUACGGUAGCGCUGAUGCGAAAGAGAAGUUUGUGAAGGAUUUCAUUUCUGCAUGGACCAAGGUCAUGAACCUGGACCGCUUUGAUGUCAAGGCUGAGAAGUAG